AUGGAGGUGGGGCUGCUGGAGAAGACGAUGCUGUGCCCUCAGUGCACCAGCCCAUGCGCCUCACCGCAAAAGAGCGCUACUGGCGCUGCUGUAAAAAUAAGCGCCAUGGCAACGGGAGCAAGAGCAGCACAGCAUCUUCGUGAACUCUUGGUUCUCGAAGAUGAAUCUCACGCUUUCCCAAGCCCUACGUCUGAUGUUUGCGUGGUGUAUGCGAGCGUCAUCCCCCAAGCCGCACAUAUGGCCGAGGUCAGCGAGAACACCGUCUCGGAACGGUACGCUGCGUGGCAGGUCUUGUGCUCGAAAGAGCUACUCAACGGUGAUUUCAAGAUUGGAGGCGAAGGACACAUCGUCGAAACAAACGAAACGAGUCUCAAGAAGAAGUCGACGUACGGUCGUGGCCGUCAUUACAAAGAGUUCUGGUUGUUCGGGGGCGUUGACAGGACGACGGGUCAGUGGCUCGGCCGCAUCGUUUUCCAUAAACGCACGAAGGCCACACUGCUAUCCAUUAUCAAGCAUUUUAUCAAACCUAGAUAA